AUGACAACAACCUUCGAGGAAGCUGAACUCUGCUUUCCGCAACUCAACUCGUCCUGCAGGAAGAUCAUGCGUCCUCACUCAGUGUCCAUGCUCAUCUACAUCACCCUGUCCUCCAUCUCUGUGAUCACUGUGGUUCUGAACCUGCUGGUCAUCAUUUCCAUCUCCCACUUCAAGAAGCUGCACACUCCCACCAACCUCCUCCUCCUCUCUCUGGCUCUCUCUGAUUUCUUUGUGGGACUCCUCAUGGUGUUUCAGAUCAUCCUCAUUGACGGCUGCUGGUUCCUGGGUGAUCUCAUGUGUGCUGUGUAUUUUGUUUUGGACUACGCUGUAACUGCAGUCUCAAUUGGAACAAUGGUUCUCAUAUCAAUCGACCGCUAUGUGGCCAUUUGUUAUCCUCUACUGUAUCCCAUCAAAAUUACUCAGUACAGGGUCAAGAUCUGUGUUUCAGUGUUUUGGAUGGUUUGUUUUUUCUGUAAUGGGCUGUAUCUAAAAGUUAAUGUUGAACAGCCAGGCAGGUAUAGUACUUGUAUUGGGGAGUGUGUGGCUGUUAUUGAAAGUUUUCUUGGGUUACUAGAUGUUUUACUAUCCCUUUUUGUCUCUGUUACAAUUAUUGUGAUACUGCAUAUGAGAAUAUUUGCUGUGGUUGUGUCUCAGGCCCGUGCUAUGAGGUCUAAUAUUAGAGACGCCAAACGUCAAGGUUCAGUCAGAAUAACUGUGAAGAAAUCUGAGGUGAAGGCAGCCAGGGCUCUGGGAGUUGUUGUUGUUGUGUUUCUGAUAUGUGUCUGCCCUUAUUUCUGUGUUACACUUUCAGGUGACGAUGCUGUGGUCAGUGCUUCAUCUGCUGCCUUCGUAAUGUGUUUGUUCUACAUUAAUUCUUGUUUAAAUCCUCUGAUUUAUGCCUUUUUCUACCCCUGGUUCAGAAACUGCAUCAGAGUCAUUGUUACUCUCCAGAUCCUGAAGCCUGGAUCAUGUGACGCCAACAUACUGUGUAGAUCAAAGAAAUGA